AUGAAAUAUACACCAAGUCAACCCUUUGACAUAGUGGACACCCUAGUUGAAUUCAAACUUUUUCUUAGGAAGUUAAAUUUGGGAAUAUUUUUUCACGCUCAAAAGGGCAAUAGUUUACCAAAGAAUUUACUUAAGAAAAGAAGUUCCUUUACACCACCCACGCACAAAACACUAAUAUCUUUUGAGAAUGUAGUUACCAAGCAAUUUUAUGCUCUUUGUAAGCAAAAGAAUAAUCCUUCAUCCCAAGGUAGUUGUGACAGAUCUUUGGGGGAUAUUUUGGACACCCUUAGUGCAAACAACAUCAGGAUUAUGUCAGCUGACAAAGGGGGUGGCAUUGUGUUAUACGACCAAAAUGCCUAUAUAGCCAUGAUUUUUGACAUUCUCCACAAUCCCACCCAAUAUGAGGUUUCAAGUCUCAAUCAGAUCAACAUAGCCCACCACAGAAUUGAUUUGUAUUUGGAAGAGUUUUUGUUGGAUGAGAGAAUUGAUGAGGACCUUUACAAGUUUCUUAAGGUUGAUUUUCCUCAACUAGCCACAAUAUUCGGAAUUCCGAAGGUGCACAAAGAUGUGCUGAACCCCCCCUUUAGACCCAUCAUUGCAGGCAGCCACAGUAAAACCUUUCAAUUUGGUAGAGUGGUUGACUGCUGGUUGAAGCACAUUCUUGAAGGGACUCAACACAUUAUUAGAGACUCUUGGGAAUUUCUGGGGAUUUUUACCAAUGAUUUAUGGAGUUCUGAUAUGACAUUUGUCACGAUUGACAUUAAAGAUCUUUUUUCUUGUAUCCCAAAGAACGAGGGGUUACACAGAUUUACAGCUAGUUUAAGGAAACAUAGUGGGCUUAGUUGGGGGAAGAUUCAGCUCACUGCAGAAUUUACAGAAAUUGUACUCAACAACAACUUCAUUUACUUUGAAGGCGAAUACUAUCGACAAAUCUCUGGUGUGGCUAUGGGGGCAGCUUGCGCCCCCAUUUAUGCUAAUCUUGUGCUCUUGGAUUGGGAGGAAGAGUUUGUGUUAAACAGUGAAUGGAUGGAACACAUAUCUUGCUACGUUCGUUAUUUGGAUGAUUUGUUUUUGUUAUGGAAGGGUGACACCAUGUUAUUAUCCAAAUAUAUUGAAUACAUCAACCAGACGACUACAUACCUAGAGUUUGUACAUCAAUACAACAGGAGUGGUAUUAACUAUUUGGAUGUUUUUAUUUACAAUGAUGGGGUGUCCUUUCAAUCUAAGAUGUACAGAAAAGACACAUUUAGCAAUGGUUAUCUGGACUUUAGUAGUAGUCAUCCUUACUCACAGAAACGCAGUAUAAUCAAAGGGCAGUGCAUUCGGGCUGCCAGGAUGACAACAGUUCGAACGGACAUGGAGUUGGAAAUUGACCAUAUUGGGAGAAUGUUUAGGGACAAAGGCUAUCCACUCAAGUUGAUUAAGGAUGUGACCAGCUACGUGAUACAAGAGUGGGGGAAAAAGUAUAUGCCACUCUUGGGGAAGGGGUCUGUCACCCUUGGUACCAGUAACAAAAGUCAAGACAACAAUUGUACCAAUGAAUACUCGAAGUCUUACAUUGUUAAAUAUGGCAAACAUAUAGGUGAUAUUCAAAAAAUUGUCACUACCAACUGGAAUAUCAUUACCAGUGACGAGUCUAUUAAAAAUUUUGUCAGUGACAGACCUACUUUUGUAUACAAAACAGGUCCAAACAUUAAAAACCUUAUUGAAUGGAAGGCCAAUAGGCAAGCUUGGAACACAAACCAACAGAGAGAUGUGCAGGAAGUCAGAAAUGCAGAUGGGCAGGAAGUUGGAAAUGCAGAUGUGCAGGAAGUCGUCAAGAAAGAAGUACUGCAGGAAAAACUGGGAGAUAGAAAAGGCAAACCAUUAGAAAGGAGUACUGGUUGGCUAACAAAGAAGAUAAGAAAAGGAGUUGCAGUGGCAAAGACUAGGGCAUUGGAGGUUCCACAAAGAUUUGAAGAUGUCGCUGUUGAGUUUUCAAGAGAGGAGUGGAAGAUGCUGAGUGAACAGGAGAAAGAGCUACACAGGAACGUGAUGGUAGAAAACUAUGAGAACAUGAUAUCAGUAGGGUAUGAUAUCCCAGUGGAGCACCUUUUGUUAUAUAUAAAAGAUGAUACAUGUCUAUCUGUUGACACUGAAGGAGGAACUGUGGUGCAGCAAAAACAUCUUCCUUGUAUCAGAAUCUGCAUCAACAGGAAUGCAGAGUUAUCUGCAAUCAAGGGUGAGCGGUCAUCACUGGACAAAUGCAUUGAUUCUGAGUGCCACAGAGUUUUACCAGAGGCAGUGUCAGUUACAGGUAAAGCCCUGCUGCAGACUGAAAGUAGAUAUUGUAAUUCUGUGGACUUUAAAGAUGAGUUUCUCAAGACAGCUGAACUGGAAAUGCAUCUGGAUACUCAAGAAGGGGAAACACCAUGCCGGCUUAAUGAAAAUAGCAGUUUAAUACUUCGCUUAACUUAUAAUGGUAAAAGACAAAAUAAUGCUUUGGAAGCACAUGAGCAGAUAUCCACUGCCAAGAAACUAUGUUCCUGUGUCACUGAUGAUAAGGGUUUUAUAGGAAAAGUAAAAUUAACAACAGGUAACAGAGGAGAGAAACACUUGAACUGCAGCAGUUCUGACAAAAAUUUUACUCAGAAGUCAGAAAGAGAAAAAUAUCAGUUGUUCUCCACUGAAAUACUACAGAAGUAUGCCACAUCUGGCAAAGGCUUUGCACGCAAACAUUUAACAGGACGUAAGAGUGUCCAUAAUGGACAGAAACCCUAUAAAUGUGCCAUAUGUGGUAAGAACUUUAUAGAUAAAAGAGGUAUGAUAUUGCAUCAGGUUUUACAUACUGAACAGAAGCCUUUUAAGUGUGCUACGUGUGGCAAGGGUUUUACACAGAAGGGUGCUAUGUUAAGACAUCAAUUCGUUCACACUGGACAGAAGCCUUUUAAAUGUGCUACAUGUGGCAAAGGUUUUGCAAAGAAGGAUGUCAUGUUAAUACAUCAGUUUAUCCACACUGGGCAGAGACCAUUUAAGUGCACAGUGUGUAACAAAAGCUUUAUAUGGAAAAGUGCUGUGGUAAUUCACCAAAAUAUACACACUGGGCAGAAACCUUAUAAAUGUGAUAUAUGUGGCAUGAGUUUUACACAGAAGGGUGCUUUGUCAAGGCAUGAGUAUAUCCACACUGGAAAGAAACCCUAUAAGUGUGCUACGUGUGGCAAGGGUUUUUCAAAAAAGGAGGUAAUGGAAACACAUCAGUAUAUCCAUACUGGACAGAGGCCCUUUAAAUGUAACUUGUGUGACAAGAGCUUUAGAUGGAAAAGCGCUGUUGUGUUUCAUAAAAGUGUCCACACUGGACAGAAACCCUAUAAAUGUACCAUGUGUGACAAGAGUUUUACAUUCAAAUGCAAUUUGACAAGUCACCAGAAGAUCCACACUGGUGAGAAACCAUAUAAAUGCACCAUGUGCGAUAGGAGUUUUAGACACAAAAACACUUUAGUAAAGCAUCAAAGCAUCCACAGUGGACAGAAAUUGUAUAAAUGCUCAGUGUGUGACAAGAGGUUUAGAUUGAAAAGGUAUGUGAUAAAUCAUGAGAAGGUCCAUAGUGGGCAGAAACCCUAUACUUGUGCUACGUGUGAUAAGGGUUUUACACAGAAGGGGGCCAUGGUGAAGCAUCAGAACAUCCACACUGGGCAAAAAUCCUACAAAUGCACCAUGUGUGAUAAGAGUUUUGCACAGAAGGGUUCCUUGGUAAGGCAUCAGAAUACCCACGCUGAACAGAAACCUUACAAAUGCACCAUGUGUGACAAGAGCUUUAGUCAGAAAAGCAAUAUGAUAGGUCAUCAAUGUAUCCAUAAUGGGCAGACCUUAAAGUGGACAGUUGAUGAUAAAAAAGAGAUUAUGCAUUGUUUCUUUUAUGCAAAAAGCCUAGAAUUUCCACAGAGGGGAUAUAUAGCAAGAAUAAGAAAGAAGUUAGAGGAGAGAAAAAUGCUUCCACCAGAAAAACUGUCAAAAGUUACAUAUAAAAGCUUAAGGUCAUUAGUAGAGCAGGUCAGAACAAAACAAAUCCUAGAUAAAGAUACAUUGGACCAUCUGGAAAAAUAUGCUAAUGAGGAAGUGCUACAAGAAAAAGAGCAAAAAGCAAAAGUUAAUAAAAUUCAUAAAGAAAAGAUAUGGACUCAGGAAAGAAAAAGAGAUCUCAUAUGGUGCAGUAUUUAUGCGGAAAAGAAAGCUUUAUUGAUGAAUAUGGAUACUGUAACUUCAAUUAUCUUUAACAGUGUAUACAGGCAAAGAAAUCCAGACAUGGCAGGUCUUCCAAAGAAGAGGAUAACUACACAAAGGUGGAAAGAAAUGCGAAGCAAACAGUUUAGCAAUGUAGUAAGACAACAAAUUGAAAAUGAGGUGAUAGACCAGUUAAGAAAUGAAGGUUUUAAUGUGGAGAGUCUGACACAAAUGGUAUCCCGACAUCCUCAGAAAAUCAUGCAACAGACAGAAAUUGAAAAUUUUACUAAAGAAGUAACACAAAGUAACAUUUCAGAAGCUUCAUCAGGAGGACUAGUUGAACAUCCAGUUAGAAGUACAGAACAGGAGAAAGAUCAAGAAAGAGAGGGUAAUGUGCAUGCACUCAGCCAAGAAAUUAAUGAUCUAAAAAGGAAGACCCAUUUGCUCUAAUAUAAUGGAAAUGUGUGUGUAGAGAGAGAUGAGAGAAAGAGACUAAGAAAGGUCAUAAGACCCAGUGUGUUAGAAGACUGACAAAACAGGUAAACACAGUAAUCAGGAGACCAUUAAAAGAGCUGCAUAUAAUGGAACGUAAUAGAAGGUACAAUUCAGCUAAAAUAAUUGGGUCUGUUAAAAAUGCAGAAUAAUAACAGCAGUGAAAUGAAAAAUUAGAAUAUUGCCAUGGAAACAUUGAUAAGGGAGGACUGUAAAACAACCAAUACAGGAAGUGUUAUUACAGGAAGACUAUAGAAAAGGCAAGUGGUCAUCAAAAGUCUAUUAAAAUCGUUAUGAUAAAAGCAACACUAGGGUGGCUGCAAUGGUGCUGUGGUUAGUGUUGCCGCCUCACAGCAAGAG